AUGUGGGCCUCUUACCUAAGGCGGCUGCUGAUUGGUUCCUGGGGCGCAGCGGACUCUCCGAGAUGGGGUAGGGUAAGGGUGAGCAGGGUCCACCAGAAGCCACCGGCCUGUAAAUGUAGCCUGGGGGCCCAGGAGCGUCGCAGGAGAGAAUUAAGAGAACCGGUACCGGUCAACCUAGGACAGGUCAGGGCAUCCCGGAAGCAGCACCGAAGGAAGGCCAGCCGGAGGGAGGAACAGCUGGAUGAAAUAUCGCGAGGCCAAACUGAAACCAGGUCUCGCGGGCUGCCGACCCUACGCAUGCGCCGCGGGCUGGGCGCGCGAGAAUCGAGCGUGAGCGCCAGACUGAGCAUGCGUCGAUGGAGGUGGUUGGCCUCAACAGGCUCGCGGAUUCUGCUUUAG